CCGCCCUCCAGUCCCUCCCUUGGACGGCUGCGCGCGGCGGCUGGGAACGUGGUGGCCGCGGCGGCCGCACUUUCCCCUGGGCUGAGGCUGGAGCUAGGCUCCGGCGACUGCGCGGGAGGGCCGCCAGAGCCCAAGGGACCCGUGUGCUGAGGCGAAGGGCAGAGGAGUCCGUGGUCGAUUGCGUUCCGCGCCGCGCUCCGGAGCAUCUUUUCCUUGGUUACCUACGCGCGAAUUCCCGGGCAGAGGGUCCCGCGAGCCGGGUGCGGGCGGAGCUGCCCGUCUUGGGUCUCCGCGCAGCGUGCGCGGGGCAGCGCGGAGGGAGGAAGCAAGAAGCGGCCGCGCGCCCCGCUGAGUUGCAAGCUCGCUCCCCCGCUGCAAAAUGCCCAAGAAGAAGCCGACGCCCAUCCAGCUGAACCCGACCCCCGAUGGCUCGGCGGUGAACGGGACCAGCUCGGCAGAGACCAACCUGGAGGCCUUGCAGAAGAAGCUGGAGGAGCUGGAACUUGAUGAGCAGCAGCGGAAGCGCCUUGAAGCCUUUCUGACGCAGAAGCAAAAGGUGGGAGAGCUGAAGGAUGACGACUUUGAGAAGAUCAGUGAGCUGGGGGCUGGGAAUGGUGGAGUGGUGUUCAAGGUCUCUCACAAGCCAUCCGGCCUGGUCAUGGCCAGGAAGCUAAUUCACUUGGAGAUCAAACCUGCAAUCCGGAACCAGAUCAUCCGGGAGCUGCAAGUUCUGCAUGAGUGCAACUCCCCAUACAUUGUGGGUUUCUAUGGAGCCUUCUAUAGUGAUGGCGAGAUCAGCAUCUGCAUGGAGCACAUGGAUGGUGGGUCCUUGGAUCAAGUCCUGAAGAAAGCUGGAAGAAUUCCCGAACAAAUUUUAGGAAAAGUUAGCAUUGCGGUGAUAAAAGGUCUAACGUAUCUGCGGGAGAAGCAUAAGAUAAUGCACAGAGAUGUCAAGCCCUCCAACAUCCUAGUGAACUCCCGUGGGGAGAUCAAGCUCUGUGAUUUUGGGGUCAGCGGGCAGCUCAUUGACUCCAUGGCCAACUCCUUUGUGGGCACGAGGUCCUACAUGUCGCCGGAGAGACUCCAGGGGACUCACUACUCCGUGCAGUCGGACAUCUGGAGCAUGGGACUCUCUCUGGUGGAGAUGGCGGUUGGGAGGUACCCCAUCCCUCCUCCUGAUGCCAAGGAGCUGGAGCUCCUGUUUGGAUGCCAGGUGGAGGGAGAUGCGGCCGAGACACCACCCAGGCCAAGGACCCCUGGGAGGCCCCUCAGCUCUUAUGGAAUGGACAGCCGACCUCCCAUGGCAAUUUUUGAGUUGUUGGAUUACAUAGUCAAUGAGCCUCCUCCAAAACUGCCCAGUGGAGUAUUCAGUCUGGAAUUUCAAGAUUUUGUGAAUAAAUGUUUAAUAAAGAACCCUGCAGAGAGAGCAGAUCUGAAGCAACUCAUGGUUCAUGCUUUCAUCAAGAGAUCUGAUGCUGAGGAGGUAGACUUUGCAGGGUGGCUCUGUUCCACCAUUGGCCUUAACCAGCCCAGCACACCAACCCACAUGGCUGGCAUGUGAGCCUGUGGGAAGCAGCAGUCCUCUGCCCGGUGGCAUGCCAUGUUGCUAUCAGGCCUCUCCCCCAUGCUUGUCUCUGUUCAGAUGUGCAUUUCACCUGUGACAAAGGAUGCCGAACACAGCAUGUGCCAAAUUGUACUUGUGUUGUUUCUUAACAUUACUGUCUUUAUUACUAUGGUUAUUCCCCUAAGUGGAUUGGCUUUGUGCUUGGGGCUAUUUGUAUGUUGAUCAAAACACAUGCAGGCUGAACUCUUGAAACCCUGGUGACCGGGUUGUUGUUCUUACUGACGUUUGCACUGCUGUUACUGCUCUCUGACUGGCCGCCUGUGCUGUCAGGAUUCUUGGACCCUUGGUACUUCAGUCUUGCUGAGUGACCUCCCCUCUGUGUGAGGGAGGGAGCCUCAUGAGGCCCUCCACAGGCAGUGCAUGGGAAGCAUGCUUCGCUGCUACUGAAAGCAUCAGAGUGUACAUCGUGGCAUUUUUUACACUUCUGCUUUUGGUAUAGAACUUGGCAGUUUCCAUUAAAAAUCUAACCAGAGCCCAUCACUGCCAUGAUAGCCGGGGCUUCACCAGUCUGUCUACUGUGAUGAUCUGUAGACUUCUGGUUGUAUUUCUAUAUUUAUUUUUAAAUAUACCGUGUGGGGUACUUAGUGGUAGAUGUCUCUUUAAGUUUGGAUUUGUGUUUCUAAAAUGGUGGAGUUAUUUUGAAUGUCACAAAUGAAUCAAAGCAUUAAAAUGUGUCAGAUUUCUCUAUCUUCCCUCCAAUCUAAGCACCAACGCUAUUGUAAACGUGUAUAGUGCCUAAAAAUUGUAUGAAAAAUCCUUUUAACCAUUUUAACCCAGAUGUUUAUCAAAUCUAAUCUCUUAUUCUAAUAAAAUAUUAUAUCAAGUUAAAACAAAAAGGACAAA